AUGGAAAGACUACUCACAAGACUACUUGCUCUCGGGCAAGCGCCGCUUCUCCCCACUGCAGCGUCUACAGCCGCUUCGGCCUUGUCCACAGCAGCCUCGCCACCAGACAUCCCGGAGAACCACUGGACACCUGACAGACCCGAUCCAUAUGUUUGCGAGUAUCUCGGCUUGAACGGCUGCUGGGCACCGUCUCAGCCUGGUGAUGGCACGCCAUACAUGCACGAUGGCAACUGGCCGAAGAGAUCCAAGACAUGCACCGUAGAGGCAAGUGGCAACCCCACUGCAGACGACGCGCCAGCGAUCCUAAAGGCCUUUGCCGACUGCAAAGAAGAUGGCCAUAUCAUCUUCGAAAACACCACUUACUACAUCGGCACAGUCAUGAACACUACCGGACUGCGCGACGUUGACAUCGAAGUUCGCGGAACAUUACUAUGGGACACCAACAUUCCAUACUGGCUGGCAAACUCGUUACCGAUUGGCUUCCAGAACCAGACUUCCGCUUGGCAUCUCGGUGGCGAACGCAUACACUUCUAUGGACACGGCUACGGCACACUGGAUGGCAAUGGCCAAGCUUGGUAUGACUUCAACCAAGGUAUCUCGAACCGCCAUGGUCGACCGCAUGCGAUUUUGAUUGAGAAGACGAAGGAUAGUGUGAUUGAAGGUCUGCGCUUCAUCAAGUCGCAGAUGUGGACCAUGACUGUGGCUCGGUCGGAACGAGUUCUUUUGCAGGACAUUUAUGUCAACAAUACAAGCGAAGAUCGUGACUUCAGAUCAAAUGUCAAUACCGACGGCGUCGACACCGUCUACACUGACAGCAUCACCUUCCUCCGCUGGACCAUCGACAACGGCGACGACGGCAUCUCCAUGAAACAAAACAGCACAAACAUCUACAUCGCCGAUUGCGACAUCUAUCAUGGUACAGGUCUCGCAAUGGGAAGUAUUGGCCAAUAUCCUGGCCAAAUCGAAAUCAUGGAAAACAUCACCGCUGAGAACAUUCGCUGCUACAACACCGCUUACGGAGCGCGAGUGAAGACCUGGACUGGUGUGCCGAAAGGCGAGCCACCGAAUGGCGGAGGUGGUGGUCUAGGCCAUGCCAAGAAUAUCACGUUCCGCGACUUCACCCUUGAUAAUGUUAAUCUUGCGUGGGCGAUUUCGCAAUGCACGAGCUAUAAUGGUGAACGCGGUGAUUGUGGGACGAGCAAGUUCAAAGUUGAAGACAUGAACUGGGGCAACGCCAACGGCACUCUGAGAGGCGAUCGGGUCGCAACACUAUGGUGCUCCGAGGCGGCACCAUGCACUGGUAUCAACCUCUUCAACAACACGCUAUGGGCACUGGACCAGAACAUUCCUUCGUUCUCGUACUUGUGUGAAGGUGUCGAGAGCACGGAGAACUUCAAUUGCACGCAUCAGUGCAAUGGCGAUUGUCCCAAGUAG